AUGGUUGAUGAUGACUUAGACAUCCAACAGACUAAGGGGGUGUUUUUGGAGGGCAGCUGGCUGCAUUUCGCGCAGCCCGGAAAAUCGGACACGCUCUUCACUCUGUCGAAAACUCGAGUAAAGAGAGGUAUCAUGGAGAGACUUGCCGGUCUAAUCCUGUGCCUUCCCCUUGUCGUCUACGCUUCCUCUGCUUUGGAAGGCGGAAGAGCCGCCUCGACUUGUGACUGCUCAGAUCUCUCAAAGCCCGCUGAAUUUCGAUUUGAUGGCUCUGCCCCGCCAAACUUCGCCUCCGACAUCAAAUACGCCGACAGUUCUUGUAAUGAUGCACUCGUCUCCAUCGCUGUUGAUAAUGGUGAUCUCGUCGCGAGUGUCAACUUACAAGAGGGAAUCAACUGCGGCGGUUAUAUUGAAGAAACGCUUGUGGCUGGCUCUGGAGGCUCGUUCGAGACCUUGUACGAAUUCCCCCCGGUCGCCUUCGAGUACACAACCGAUGCUCAAGCCACGGGCAAGGCUUACAUAGAGCUAAGCUGCGUGUGUCCUGUUGAAGUCAUUCCCGACUCUGUCAAGUACUGCAAAGCCGGCGGAGUCUCCAACCCUGACGCUUCAUCUUUCGACUUUGCUGCAUAUCCUGGCUGCUCUGAUUCACCUUCCGAAAUCUACAUUCCAUUCCUCAACAACGACGGCGCGGUCCAUUGCCCCGCGAUCGUGCUCGUCGACGACUUCAACAAUCAGUACGUAGUCAGUUACACGGACAAAGAUGGCAACUUGGUGGAGUUCAAUUGCCCGCGCGUCGGCCAAUGGUCGAACUGGUCGGAAUGGAGCUCCUGCGUCGGCAUCUGCGGCGAUGGCGUGCGUCAACGAUCACGAGCUUGCAACGGCGGCGAUGUUGGAACUGGCGAGUGUACUCUCAUCAACAACGAAGAGGCUGUUUCUGAAAAAUCCACCACGAUCAGUGAAGUCUGCGACACAACGAUAGAAUGUGGACAAUGCCCAGGAAGCACCACUCAUCAAGGCGACAGAUGUGUUUGUGAUGCUAACGGUUUCUUACCAUCUGAAAAGAAAUGGUUUCUCAUCGACGCUGCCUACUCCGCAAGCUUUCCCGCAUCAAACUAUCAUCUUUUCGGCACGAAGAGCAACAAAGUUCUAGUUUACCUCAAAAGUGAACUCGGCGCUGCUGCAAGCCCAAACAAGAUCAACUUCGCGGUAUUGUCGAAGGACCGUCAAACACCAAAAGAUCUUUUCCCAUCAAACAUCGCCCCGAAAAAGUACUUUUGGACACCAGAUGGAACGAAACUCGUUCUUGUCUUGGACGAAGGUCUAGUGAUUCUUGAUGCUCUCGCUUAUCCUUUCAAUCCAAAAGAAGGAGUUGCUGGGGAAAUAUCGUCGAUGUCAUUUGAUGAAAACUUCAUCAAAGUUACAGCAGUUUUUACAAAUGGCGCAGAAGUAGAGUCAGAAGCUUUGGGCGAAGUGGAUUGGUGCAGCGCGCCUGUCGUUACAGUAAGCGGCGCAGACAACUCCGUGGUUUCGCUAAGUUCCAACUGUGACGAUCUUCUUGAGUUUUGCAAGCUUGAUACUGUUUGCCCAGCUUCUGUCGACAACGAAAUGUGCCUCUGCAAUCACGAUAAAAAUCCUACUUGCAAGCUCAGCGACGAUCUUUUCUAUUUGACUAAUGACUACGACUCUUGCAGCAGAUGCACUGACACAUCUUGCCAGCGAAAAUUAUACGGUUGUUUCGAUGUCGAAGAUCUUGACGUUCCUGCCAUAGAGUUCACCUACGAGUCAUGCAACAACGACAAACUCUACUGCCAAACCACCUGCACCGACGAACAAGUCUACACAGAAUGGAUCGAAGACGACAACGAAAAAGUCGAAAACUGCGAGCAAAAGUGUGGUGAGCAAUAUUACACUCGUCGACGAUCAUUGAGACCUAAUGCCGAGAAUCUUCAAUGCAGCAUUCCGUCAGAGAUCAAACUUGAGGAGCGAAUUCUUUGCAACACUCGCUGCUGUGGACACCACUCUGAAGUCACCUCGAUCAGCGCACCUUUCAAAAGCGGUGAUAAAUGCUACAAGACAGAGUCCAUUGUCGAGAGCUGCCCUGGGGAGUUGCCUGUGACUCGAACAUCAGAUAUAGUUGUGCCAUGCAGUGAUCCUGGUCUUCAGCUUUGCAGCGAAUCGCAUGUCAAAUCCUGCAUCGACAGCAACACCCAUGAGGUGAAGCACAUUGACGGCUGCCAAGGAAUUCUCUUCGAAAAACGACUCGAAUGCGAUAGCUCGUGCACUUAUGGUCGCCAAACCUACUUCUACACCUGUGGCGGCGAAGAAAUCGUCGGUGCUCGCUACACCACUGAUGAGGUCGGUGUCUGCGAUCCUGACAAGCACGGGUGCAUCUUAAUCGGAAAUAUCAGUGAAGACGACGAUUCUUGUGUAGAUAAUGGUGUUAGGAGCUGUGUUCCUAUUACGGACUCGCUUUGCACUAAUGCUAUAUUCGAUCCAGAUGCUGGAAGUUUUUAUGGAAUCGCUGUUACAAAACACUGCGUCAUCACGCUCGGAGAUCAUGGCAUUCCCUGCGCAAGCUACGAAGAGACCGACACCUGUCUCCUUCCUAAAUGCAGUAACGACAAUUUCCCUUGCUGUGAAAACUCGGAAUGCGCGACCGGCAACGGCUACGGAUGCUUUACAGAAACUCAAAGGUGCUACGACUCGAACGGAGCUCUCUUUAAUACCAAAGAAACCAACUGCUGCGAAGAAAUGGACUUCUGUUCGACUGAACAGCUUCUUGACUGCCCUCCAUGCGAUCCGGAGUACCCAGCAUGUGCGAUGGCUCAAUCAACGAUGUGUAUUCUGGCGAAUCAAGACCCUUGCCAGAUUCAUCGCGAAACCUGCACUUGUGACAACUUCGACUGUACUCUGACGGGCUUCGACUUGGACACGAUCAAGAUGGAAAAUCUCGAAAGAACUGGUCUCAUCCUCCCACAAGAAACAUACGGCGACAAGCUUGUUGUUUAUGUUGGACAUGAAGGCACAGCUCAAAAAUGCACGAGGAUAUUCGACCGCGCCGCCAGUGAAGUUCAGGUGCACUACAAGUACAACGAUAUGGUCGAGUCCUGCGGCGCUACUCUAAUUGACAACACCUUCCGCGCAGAAAUUUACAUCGACUCUCAAAAAUGUUCGCUUCCGCCUCCAAAAGAUCUUGACGCUUCUCCGUUGUCGAUGAUUCCUCGAUUGAACCCGAUCAAGUUCACGGACGUGAUUCCAGGAGCGACUGAAGUUUCAUUCCAGUUGGCACGAGAUCCCCUCUUCAAAAACAUCAUCACCGAUGAAGACACGACUUCAAACAUGCUCUACAUCGAGGCCAUGGUCUAUGCACGGGUCAAUUCUCCAACAGCCGUCACCAUCGAGUCGUGCGAAGUGACAGAUCUUCGGAAGCCAGAGCGCAAACGAUACAUCAUCAAGAACAGAUGCAUUCUUCCUGACAUGAAGGAAAUUUUCGGCAUGAAGUUCACCAAAGUUGCGUCCAACGGCAACACCGAGCUCGAGUGGAAAAACUUUUUCUUCCGAGACAAUCUGGAAGAUAGACAGCAGCUGCAGUACAAAUGCUUUGUUACACAUUGCCGCGGAACUCCCUGCCAACCAUCAGAAACAGAUUGUGAAGCGAUUCAGCGAGGAAACAAUGACCGUCGACGAAGAGCCGCGCCGCUUGAGAUUCCGGAUGGAGUGGAUCGAGACGCGUCGGCCAUCGAGUUCUGGGUCGAGGCCUUCCGCUACAUGGAGACCCUCAACCGCGCCAAGCUCACCAUCGAAAAGACCUACCACACUGAAAAAGUGAUUUUGGUGCUCGACUGGGUCAACAACAUCCUCUUUACGCUCACUUUCGCUACUCUUAUCGCUUUCGUCCUUCUCUUUUACAAAAGAAACGUGGACGAAGAAACGAAGACGAUCCGCAUCUUCGAAAAACCUUUUACUACGGGGCGCGUCGGCGAUCGCGGGACGAGAACUCGAACAGAUCCUCGCAACUGCCAGUUCAAAUCAAGAAAAUCGACUCCGACUGAAGAGACGUUCGAAAAUGUCAUUCACGGAACUGGCUAUGUCACCAUUGCUCUCUUCCUUGAUGCCAGUCAGUGUGAUGAGAGUUGUGACCAAGCGAGGAAAGCGUGGAAAGGAAUGAUGCUCAAAUUUAGAGAAGACGAAGAAGUGAAUAUAAUUUGGAUAGAUUGUUCGAGCUCUAAGCUCUGCGACGAUUUGGAAGAGAUCAAAAUCAUUAGGGAUCAAGAUGAUUUCCAUUCUAAAAUUGCUGCGAUGUCGUUUUGGGACGGAGCUAAAAAUCCAAAAGCAUCUGAAAACCCGACGGUUUUUGAAGGUUCUUUCGAAAAAACAGUGAUUCUAGCAGACGGCUGGAUGGCAACUGCGACGACGAAUCCGUCUGACGAGCCUGAAAUCGUCGAGUACGGAGGAGUAAUUUACGGAAUCGCCAAUGAUGUGUUCAUUUCUGGCUCUGCUCUGCGGAAUGGCGCCAGUCAGUUCUUCGUCGAUACAGCCGAGCAGUGCGCGGUGCUUUGCUCAGAAAGAGUGCCCGAGUGCGGCGCCUGGACACUAAAGAAGCAGCAACCUUUGGCCGGCUACUGCUACUUGAAGCAGACUCUUGAUAUUGGCCAGCGAGACUAUGUUCGGCGGAGUAGUAACUUGUACGACUCGGGCUUUGCGACGAUCGCCAACCUCACUCAUUGUCGCGGAAAUGACUUCAACAGAGAUUCAAUCUUUGACGUGGAAAAGGAUCUUCAAGGCUGUUGGGAGUUGGCCGACGACUUCAUCGACGAUGAGUCAAAGCUUCAUUACUGUCAGCCUGCCAGAGAAUCUGGCUGCUACGCGCUCACUUGCACCGAGACCGAAAUAGAAGGCGCCAUCGCCGUGAAAGCAUUCAACGAUCGUCAAUUAUUGGAGGAGUUUCGUGCGGGAAGAGGUCACAAGCAAAAGCCGUAUUUCAACAGAAAAGCGGAUUUUGAAGGGUACAGCGAUUGCGUCAAGGGAUUAAAGUGGGAUGCCAAGACGGAAAUGGUCAAAUUCAAGUACCCGAUUGGUACCUGUAACAUGAUUGCUGUUCAGAACAUGGAAGAAGACGAGGAUUUCAUCGAGUUCAACCUUGUUUUCUCCUUCAAUACAAAAUUCGACGCAGCAGAAGGCGACAAAUACUACAUCCCAGAAGACAAAAUAAACAUCUACACCUCAGAUGCAUUUUCUGGCCAGGUCUCGAUGAGAUGCAACUACAAAAUUGAGUCUGAAGGGAUCAAAACAAUAAGCACUAAGAAUGGAUUCAAGCUAACAUCCAAGAAUUUCGACUCUUUUCUCAUCGAUUCGUCAAACUGGGACAAAACUGCAAGACUGUCUUUUACUGACAGAUACUUUGGCCAAGAAGUGGAUCCUAAAGAUUACUUUGUCGGUCAGCGGGUUUAUUUCAAGGUUGACUGGAUGGACUUUCACCAGGAUUUUACGGUUUUAUUUUAUGUUGACAAGUGCACUAUAAAAGAUUCAAGGUCGGGCCACAGCUACCCGAUCAUCUCUGACGGCUGUGGCAGUAUUCUGACUGAGACGCGUUUCCACAAACAACAUCCAGGAGACAAGAUCGUGACGCGAAAGAUGGCUCGUUUUAGCUAUCGAAGCUUUUCAUUCGACCAAAGUGUCGACAUUUACGGGCAAACACUCGAUUGCGAGCUCGCCUUUUGCCUCAAAGAAGCGUUCGAAGCUGAAGAGUGUGGCCCCAAAAAUUGCCCCAAAGAAACGGAAUCAUUAGAGAGAGUUCUAGCAUUGAAAACACAAGUAUUUGAGUGA